AUGGGUUUAAUUACUUCGAGGGAGCAGACAAUGCUUGACGGACCAGCCGUGUCUACGAAGAGUCACCAUGUACGGCAGCCGUCGACAAGGAACCGUACUAAGCCUCCAAUGCCGGACCGAGAUGAGCUGGAGAACCGUUUCAUUAAAGUGCUGGCAUCUAUGGACCUUCCCCCCGAUAAAGCCAAACUACUGCGCAACUAUGACCUGGAAAAGAAGUGGGAGAUCAUCUGCGAUCAAGACAUGGUGCAAGCGAAGGACUCACCGGCACACUACCUCAACAAGCUGCGGACGUACCUCGACCCCAAGGCCUCGAGGAGUCAUAGGAAAAGAAAAAUGGUCGGCGACUCCACAUCCACUCAGGUUCUCAGGGACUUGGAAAUAUCUUUACGGACCAAUCACAUAGAAUGGGUGCGAGAGUUUCUGAACGAACAGAACCAGGGUCUGGACGUUCUAAUAGACUACUUAAGCUUCAGGCUCAGCAUGAUGCGACACGAGCAGCGCAUCGCGCUGGCUCGAAGCCAGUCGAGCGACGGCAUUAAUCAAGCGAACACAACGACGUCGGAGUGCAGCGCGGCGCUGGAGGGCGGCAGCACGCUGGGCGCGGCGUGGCGGCGGCGCGCGCGCUCGGCCGACGGCGAGCCCGAGCCGGGCGCCGGGCCGGCCGCGCGCCGCCGCUCGCGCCACGCCGCCCGCCUCAACAUGGGCGCCUCCACCGACGACAUCCACGUCUGCAUCAUGUGCAUGCGCGCCAUCAUGAACAACAAGUACGGCUUCAACAUGGUUAUCCAACAUCGCGAAGCAAUCAACAGCAUCGCGUUGUCUCUCGUGCACCAAUCUCUGCGCACUAAAGCGCUGGUGCUGGAGCUGCUGGCCGCCAUCUGCUUGGUGAAAGGCGGCCACCAGAUCAUACUCAGUGCCUUCGACAACUUCAAGGAGGUCGUCGGUGAGCCGAGGAGGUUUCACACGCUCAUGGAGUAUUUCAUGAAUUACGACACAUUCCAUAUUGAGUUCAUGGUGGCGUGCAUGCAAUUCGUCAAUAUCAUUGUACAUUCCGUUGAAGACAUGAAUUUCCGGGUCCACCUUCAGUACGAGUUCACGGCGCUUAAGUUGGAUGACUACUUGGAGAGGCUGCGGUUUUCCGAGAGCGAGGACUUGCAGGUACAAAUAUCCGCGUACUUGGACAACGUUUUCGACGUGGCGGCGCUGAUGGAAGACAGCGAAACCAAAACUGCUGCCCUGGAGAAAGUCAACGAACUGGAAGAAGAGUUGGGUCACGCUCACGAGCGACUAGCAGCUUUGGAAAGGGACGCCAUAGCUAAAAUAGCGACAAUGGAAGCGGAACUGGCACAAGUCCGGCAAGAAAGGGACCAAUUAGCUGAAGCUAGAAGACAAGUUGUCGAAGAGGUUUCAACGUUGAGGCGAGCACAGCAGGACUCCCGCAACAGGCAGUCCAUGUUGGAGUCCAAGGUUCAAGAGUUGGAGACUCUCACUAAAUCCUUGCCGAGAGGUGCUUCUAUGGGCGCGAUAUCAUCGCACGCGCUGUGCAAUGGCACGAGCAACGGGCACUCGCCGUCGCCCCCGCCCCCGCUGGCCAACGGUGCGGUGAACUCUCGCGGCCCGUCCCCGCCGCCGCCGCCCCGCCUCGCCCCCGCGCCCACCUCCACCGCCCCACUCCCUCCCCCGCCGCCGCCGGCGCCCCCCGCGCCACCAUGCGUGCCGCCGCUGCCCCCCGCGCCCCCCGCACCACCUGCACCCCCCGCCCCACCAGCGCCCGGCCUCAUGCAGCCGCCGCACCACACCGAUGCGAUGACGAUCAAGAGGAAGGUCGAGACCAAAUACAAGCUACCGACGCUCAACUGGAUCGCACUAAAGCCAAAUCAAGUGCGUGGGACGAUUUUCAAUGAGUUGGAUGAGGAGCGUCCGCGACGAAGGAUCAACUUUGCGGAGUUCGAACAGAAGUUCCGCCUGGGGGGAGCUGCCCCCCACGCAGCAUCCUGUGAAGCAGAUCUUGCCUCCUUCCCUAGCAAGCGAUUCCGAAGGCCCGAUACCGUCUCGCUGCUAGAGCAUACGCGUCUUCGAAAUAUCGCGAUAUCAAGAAGAAAGCUUGACACGCCUGUUGAAAAAGUUAUAUCGGCAAUAAACAAUCUAGAUCUCAAACAGCUACCUUUAGAGAGUGUAGAGAUACUCCAAAGAAUGGUGCCAACUGAAGCCGAGCAAAAGGCUUACAAGGAAUACGUUGCAGAGAAAAAGAAUGUAAACCAGUUGACAGAAGAAGAUAAAUUCUUAAUGCAGCUGGCAAAAGUUGAAAGGAUAUCAGCUAAAUUGUCUAUCAUGAGCUACAUGGGAAAUUUCUUUGACAACAUACAUCUAAUAACGCCGCAAAUUCAUGCCAUCAUUUCUGGUUCCUCGUCCGUUAAAUCUUCGCAAAAGUUGCGGAACGUUCUAGAAAUAAUUCUGGCCUUUGGAAAUUAUUUAAACAGCAGCAAGCGAGGUCCCGCUUACGGAUUCAAAUUGCAGUCUUUGGACACGCUGAUGGAUACGAAGUCCACGGACAAAAGAGUUUCAUUGCUGCACUAUAUCGUCGCGACCAUUCGACAGAACUUUCCCGAGCUGUUGAACUUCGACACAGAGCUCUUAUAUAUUGAUAAGGCUGCGCAAGUGUCGCUGGAAAACGUGAUAGCGGACGUGUGUGAACUUGAGCGCGGAAUGGAGGCUGUGCGACGAGAGGCCGAAGCGCGCGGCGCGCACGCGCACGUGCUGCGCGACUUCACCGCCAACGCGAGCGACAAACUGCGUCGCUUGCGCGCCGAGACCAAACACGCGCAGGAUUCGUUCGCGUCGUGCGUGGAGUACUUCGGCGAGGCGCCGCGUAGCUGCGACGCGAACGCUUUCUUCUCGCUACUCGUCCGAUUCACGAGGGCGUUUAAGCAAGCCGACGCCGAAAACGAACAACGACGUAGACUCGAGCAAGCCGCACAACAAGCCGACGUUGUCGACCCCAACAAAGCGAAGAUCAUGCAGAAGAAACAACAGGAGGCUGUAAUCAACGAAUUAAAAACGAAGUCGCAAACCGUCGGCGAAAAGAAACUCCUUCACCAAGACGAAGUGUACAACGGAGCGCUGGAGGACAUCCUGCACGGGCUGCGCAGCGAGCCGUACCGGCGCGCCGACGCCGUGCGCCGCUCGCACCGCCGCCGCAUCAACUCGCACCGCCUCUCCAAGGGCCUGGAGGAGCUGGACCUAUGA